UGAAGUUCUAGGGCUUUCUUUGUGUGCCUCCUUUUCUCCCUCUCAGUCACUCUCUCUCUCUCUCUGUCUGUCACUUUCUCUCUCUUCUUAUACUCAUCGUGCGAGAGAAGUUGAAGAAAAGUAGAAGAAGAAGAGAUUUGAUCAGAAAUGGGUUAUCAGAUGCCCUACGGUAUGCAAUCAAUGCUGAAAGAGGGGCACAAGCACCUAUCAGGACUCGAGGAAGCGGUGCUCAAGAACAUUGAAGCCUGCAAGCAACUCUCAACCAUUACUCGAACCUCUCUCGGUCCCAAUGGUUUGAAUAAAAUGGUUAUCAAUCAUCUGGACAAGCUUUUUGUCACAAAUGAUGCUGCCACUAUAGUGAAUGAACUUGAAGUUCAACAUCCUGCUGCCAAGAUUCUUGUUUUGGCAGGGAAGGCACAACAGGAGGAAAUCGGAGAUGGGGCUAAUUUGACAAUUUCUUUUGCCGGGGAGCUCCUACAAAAUGCGGAGGAGCUUAUCAGGAUGGGACUUCACCCAAGUGAUAUCAUAAUAGGGUACACAAAAUCAAUUAACAGGGCAGUUGAAAUAUUAGAUGAAUUGGUUGAGAAUGGUUCUGAAAAGAUGGAUGUGAGGAACAAGGAUGAAGUUGUUUUACGGAUGAAAGCUGCUGUUGCUAGCAAGCAAUUUGGGCAGGAAGAUAUUUUAUGUUCUCUAAUUGCUGAUGCAUGCAUACAAGUCUGUCCCAAAAAUCCUGCAAACUUUAAUGUGGAUAAUGUUCGGGUUGCAAAGCUUUUGGGUGGGGGUUUGCAUAACUGUACAAUUGUUAGAGGUAUGGUUUUGAGAACUGACGCUGUUGGGAGUAUAAAACGAGUGGAGAAGGCAAAGGUUGCUGUGUUUGCUGGUGGCGUUGAUACAUCUGCAACUGAAACAAAAGGAACAGUCCUUAUUCAUAGCGCUGAGCAGCUAGAGAACUAUGCAAAAACUGAAGAAGGCAAAGUUGAGGAGCUAAUCAAAGCAGUUGCAGACUCCGGUGCUAAGGUUAUUGUUAGUGGAGCGGCAGUUGGGGAGAUGGCUCUACAUUUCUGUGAACGUUACAAGCUCAUGGUCUUGAAAAUCAGCUCCAAAUUUGAACUACGACGAUUUUGCCGUACAACUGGUGCUGUUGCUAUUUUGAAGCUUGGCCCUCCAAAUCCAGACGAUUUGGGAUAUGUUGAUUCCAUUUCGGUGGAGGAAGUCGGUGGUGUUAGGGUCACUAUUGUGAGAAAUGAAGAAGGUGGGAACUCUGUAGCCACUGUAGUUUUACGAGGAAGUACUGAUAGCAUACUGGAUGACCUUGAGAGAGCAGUUGAUGAUGGUGUGAAUACGUACAAGGCAAUGUGCAGGGACAGUCGUAUAGUACCCGGAGCUGCAGCUACUGAAAUUGAGUUAGCUAGAAGAUUGAAAGAAUUGUCUUUGACAGAAACGGGAAUGGAUCAAUAUGCUAUCGGAAAAUUUGCUGAGAGCUUUGAGAUGGUACCUAAAACCCUGGCUGAGAAUGCUGGUCUCAAUGCAAUGGAGAUAAUAUCUUCUCUGUAUGCUGAGCAUGCAUCUGGAAACACCAAAGUGGGCAUUGACUUGGAACAAGGUGUUUGCAAAGAUGUCUCUAACAUGAACAUCUGGGACCUUCAUGUUACCAAAUUCUUUGCUCUUAAAUAUGCUGCAGAUGCUGCUUGCACUGUGCUACGGGUAGACCAGAUUAUUAUGGCAAAACCAGCAGGUGGCCCAAAAAGGGAUCAGCAGCCCGCAGGAAUGGAUGAGGACUAAACUUUCUGAGCGGAUGAUGCAAUUGAUUGUCAUGAGUGUGCUUGUAACUUGAUCGGCAAUUCUUGUAACUGGUUAUGCGUGUCUUCAGUUAAUUGUCAUGACUUUGCUUUUAACUUCAUGGGCUUUUCUUGUAACUGGUUAUGCACGUCUUGUUUUCUUUUGAAUGCCGGCCUCGGCUAAAGAAAUUUUGGUUCAUCAUGAAAUGGACAGUGAUGUUGGUGUAUAUGCUACUCAUUAACCAACUCUUUGAGUUUGUAGUGGGUGAUAUUCAAUUUCUUUUUGUAUUUGGAGAUUUGACGCCCAACUUAAAACAUGAUCAUGGAGUCCGUUGGCUGUACCUGUGCCUGAAAUGAAUUUAUUCCCUACUUGAGAAGGUUUUUU